CUCCGCCCCCCGCCUGGUCGCUCGGGAACCGCUAAGGCCGCGAGGAAGCGCAGCCGUUGGCGCCUGAGGGAUGGCGACGCGCACGAGCAGUAUUGCUGAUUGGGGUUUAUUCCACUUCAUCACCUGAGCAGUUGUUUGAACAGAGGCAACAAAUUGUGACUGGCCUGAAGCAACCCAUUGAGCGACAUGGUUGGGCCUUGCGAAGGACCUAGAUGGAGCAAAGCUACCUUAGAAGGAUUCCUACAAGAUGUCUACAGAAGUCUACAGAUGCUAGCAUGUUGGCAAACUCUCAUCCAGGACUUUUUCUUCUUAAAGCUUUUAUGGCUGUCCUAAGCAUUAAUAAGCAUGGAAAUUAAAUUAGAAGUUCUAGCUUCAACAAGCAUCAAGCAGAGGAAGCCCUGGCCUCGAAUAAUUUGGCUGGGACAGGAAAAGGAGGCUGUAUUUCUUCUGGAUGACAAAAACAUAAAUGAAAUUAACUUACUUUCGGGAAAGACAAAAAAGAAGAUCCCUCAGUUACAUCCCUUGCUGAAAAAUGUUGUAGUACUAACAGUAUCAAGAAAUGGAGCUUGGCUGGCAGGAUUGCUUAAAACAGGAGAGCUCUUUCUUUGGAACAAAGAUGAAGAUGAUCUAAAAAUUGUCCCAGCAGUUGAGGAAUCUAAGAAAGCAGUUCUAGCAGAACAAGAAUAUUCAUUGAGACUAUAUCUAUACGUUUCUGAUGAUGGGGAAAAAUUGCUUCUCACGACUUCAGUUUGUGUGUUUCUGUGGGAGAGCACGGAAUGUAAAUAUUCAUCCUCUAAACAUUCUAUAAUGGGACAGUGGUCACAAAUUAUUCCUGAAACAUCAGUUGCACUACCAUCUGUUGAAGAGAAAGAAACUGCAGUGAGUGCUGAAUUCAUCAAAAAUGAGGUACUGGGUGACUGCUGCUUAUGUUGCUUUGCAUUUUAUUCUGAGGAGCUUUUGAUGCUAUCAUUUUUAGAAAUUAGGUGGCAGGAGAACAGUUUUAAAAGUGCUAGUUCUUCUCCCUGUCAGAUACAUUGGGCACAGCAAACAUGUUCUCUGCCUAGUCUGGUUCCCUGUUGUGAGUCAGUGAAAUCAAGAGGUGCUUUGCUUACUGCAUUUUCACCUGAUGGGCUUGUACUAGCAGUAGCUGUCAACCAAAAAGAUCCACAGGCAACUCAGAUUUUGUUUAUGAACACAAUGAAUUUCAUUACUGUUUCUGGCAGCAUUAAAGGUUGUGGUAGCAAGAAUCGGAAAAUUCCAUCAAAAUUUAUAAGGUCCUACUGGAUUGCUAACAUGAGCUGGACCCCUGAUAGCCUUUUUUUGGCUUGCAUGUUAAAACGUGGGUCUCUGAUCAUAAUGACGUGUUUGGGUGAAUUGCUGACCUUAGUUACUUUUGGCUGCUCUGUAGAAUUUGGACCAGCAGAAUUUAUUCCUUUGCAUCCACUAAUAACAUACAGAUCAGCAUAUGCUCUGCUCCAAGAUUCAAAUCACUCCCAUAAUUCAUCAGCCUCUGAGGGGGACCACAUGAGACAGAGAUUUUCUGUAACAUCACAUCCAAGGUUACCUUACCUCAUUGCCUCUGAUGGGUACAAUGUCACAGUUCUAAGAUUUUGUGAUCGUUUUUCACCGUCAGCAUUUCUGAGGUCAUUGCUGCUUGAUUCAACGCAGAGACUUGAAAAACUACGCCAGAGUCUGAUUGCAUCUAAGCCUAAAGGGAAAAGACUGCUGCUGCAAUCACUGUCCUCUUUAAGAGUUAGUCUGUUACAGCAUCAUGAAAACCAAAGUUCUGCCCUCUCUGCGAUUCCAAAAUUUCUGCAAGAUGGGGAAGGAACAGAACAAAAUGGAAAUAUAAUAGGCUUUCAGGAUCACGCUGAAGAAUCUGAUGAAGACAAGCAAUUUCAAAGCCAUUCUUUUGUUUUUGGGAGUAAAAAAACUGAUAUCUCUUUAAGUGAAGAAGGCAGGUUGGAAUUUGCAUCAAUGUUUGAUACCAUUCGUGCAGUGGAUGGAACUAGAGAAGAAGACAAUGUAUCUUUAGAAUUGAACUCUAUCCAAAAAAAUCUACUUGCAGCUUGGAGAGUGGGGAUUUCAAGAAGUGUACAAGAAAGAGACACGUUGCUAAGUUGUACCAUACAUUGCAUGAUGCACUUUUUUAGCAUUUUACGAUCUGCAGAAGUUAACUUGGCAAAUUUAAAUAACUCUGUCAAGGAUAAUCCAUGGAUACCAUGUGUCUUAAACUGUUUUCAGCAGUUUUUAACCCUCCUGAGUUGGGAUGGUAACCACCGACAGACACUGGGACAUUUGAUCAAGCUGACAUUGCAUACCCUAAAACUAAUGCUUGCUGAACAAUGUGGCCAGCUGUUCCCCAGUCAUCUUUUGGGAGGAUUCUCUUUGCUAAAAAUGGUUACUCAUUACCUAAAUGGUAAAAAUUUGCCUCAGUAUGCGAUACUUCCAGCAUUCCUGGAGGUUAACAGCAAUGUGGAGCUGGACUGCUUAUUUACGCCUGUGUUUCAAGCUAUGGAUUGGAGCAGCCAUCAAAAUUAUUGUGUGCUAAAUUCUGUAUUAAAUCACACUCCUCCAACUGUAAACCCAGGAGAGAAUCCAGAAAAGAGGUUAACUGUAAUGUGGCAAUUAUUGUAUCAUCAUGUCCUUCGGUAUCGGGUACAACUAAACAGGAAAAUGCUUAACUCAGAUAAGUUGCUGUCUGAAGUACAAAUUGUACACAGAGAACCAAUUAUUGAAGCUCUUACAAGUCAUAUACAGGCGAUUUUACAGUCCUCGGGAGAGAAGCUGGACAAAAGACUGAAGCUUAACUCUGUGACUGGUGAGGAGCAAUUUCUGAUAGGGUCUUAUCAAGAAUCUGUGGAGAUAUGGGAGAAAGCUCUUCAAGAUACCAAAGGAAAAGGAAAGAGAACACCUUUUCUUCAAACUCGAUACUACCUUGCUAUAUUAUAUUGUCAUCUAUAUUACUACAGCUUGAGGGAGGCUCAAGGUCUGUGUGAUCAUCUAGUCCGUGAACUGCUAAAGCGAACGAAUAUUUCUGUAAAUGAGAAUGAUGAUGAUAUUUCAGAUGCUGAACUCGUGAUAAGAAAUGUCCAUACUGAGGCUAUCCUGGCAGUGGUCCAGUCUCUGGCACGGUUCAUGGCAGCCUACUUCACUGAUGGGCCACUGUUUGUGCUUCCUCCGCAUAAUGUUGAUGUGUUACCUCCUCUUCAUAUCAGGCCAGACAGGUGUCCUCGAGUUGUCCCACUGCAGCAUUCCAGAAUCGCCAGUGCUGUUAGGGAUCACGGCCUGUCUUGUGUCUGGACAGUUGAAUAUGCUCUUGACUUGUUUCUGGUCAGUGGACUAAUUCCAGAAGCUGUGUGGCUAGCACAUAAGCUUGGAAACUGGAAGAUGUCUAUUUCAAUUGGUGUGGCUUUUAAUCAUUAUUGUCAAAGUAAUAAUGACUUUUCAAGGUCACAAAAAGUAGAAUUAUGCUUGCCACAGUACUUGACUCCAACACAAAUUUUUCAAGAAAAAUUACAGUCUUUUAUGGGCCAGCCUGCCAGUGUUGAAACAACAAAUGAAGGAAAAUCAAAAUACAGACAAUUUACAGAUCCUAUUGAAGAAGAAGAUGCAAAUGUGCUUUUUAAAUCAGUUGAAGAAAUAUUAAAAGCAGCUGUUAUGGCAGAUGCAGACAUUCUCUCCGAGAUUUUUCAGCUCUUGAUGGACUGCGCCAAGGACCUUAGCAGAAAGUUCUACAGUUUGGUGCCCGAGGCUUUGUAUCUUCCUGCACCACCCUUAUACUGUCCUCAACCAGCAUUUCUUCUUUCUGAAGAAGAAUACACUGAUUUACCACUAAGAAUAGAGAGGGAUUGUCGGCAGAAGGUUUCUGGAGUGGUUCAACGCAUUCUUCUGCUUUUCCGAGCUGCUCACUGUUCUUUCCCUGCUGCUCAGUGGUAUAUUGUGCAGCUGAAACAGGCCCGAAAAAUAAUGCAAAAGAUUCGCAAGAAAGGUGCUCUUCCAUUGUUAAACGCUCUUCCUGAAAAUUUGCUUAAUUAUUCUAAAUCUCAUAUGGUAUUUUUUAGACCUACAUCAUCUGGAGACAGUGGAUUUGAUGAUAUUUCAUGUAGGAUAAUAGAGUGCUUUAGAGAACUGUGCGCUUUAUGUUGGAUGCUUCAUGUUCGAGAAAGGUUGUCAUACAGUUGCAGACAGUACCAAACUGCAAGAGAGAAAUCAGAAAAUUGGAAAGAGAGUGGAACUCCUGAAUUUGAUGCCUGUGUAGUUGAGCACUGCCUGAAUGCAUUGGAAUGGGCUUGCCGAAUGCUUCCUUUUGCUAGGUUCAUGAAUGUUGAAGAACUCGUCCAGGAUAUCAUUCUCAGUCUUACUGGAGAAUUGCCACCAAUUCAAAAGGUGGCAGAAAUUUUGGUGAAAGCAUUUCCUAACUCUGAAGAUGUAAGGGUCCCAUUAAGGGAUAAAUAUAAUGCUCUGCUCCAGCGACUUAGACAUUGUGCAGUCAAAGGCCCCAACAGUGAAAAAUCAAUGUCUACUGUCAUAGAGAGUGCUCACAAAGUGAAUCUGAAAACAUUAAAACGUGUGAUAAGGAAUAUAGGGCCCAAUCAAAGAAGUAUCUGGGAGCCACCAGAAGAGGAGAUGCAAGAUUUUGGAACUUGCUGCUAUGACGGACUCUCUUUGGGAACUAGCCUCAGCAGAAGCACAGUGUCUGAUAUGGGGAACCCUCAGGUUUACAGUGAUGCUGAAACAGGGGACUCCGUUUCUGAAGCUUUGCUGAUGGAGGAAGCAAGAAAGAGUAUUCCUUCACAGAUGCAAGAAGAUUACAGGGAAUUAAAUAACUGUGCAGUGGAUGUGACAGGAUAUAAGAACACUACUGAAAAAUUAAACUCCUUCAGUGGGAAAGAAAACAAUAUCAAAAGAAAGACCAAUAAAGAAUUCUCUAAUCAAUGUGUUUUGCCCGUGGUGGGUGUAUGGGAAUUUGAACGUGAUGAUGAUGAAUAUGUGAAGUUUUUGGACCUCUUUUUGACUUAUGUGCUUGAAAGAGAUCACAUGAAUCACAGGGACUCUGCAGUUCCUUUUCUGAAGAGCUUUUCAGCACUCCUUAGGGAACAUGAAUUGAAUUCCCUCCUUUUUGAUGUUCACACAACACUGAAACGUCGACAGAACAGAACUAAAGGCCAAAAUGUUUUUCGAGCUGGUUCUUCCUACACCCUUAUCUUGAAGCCUAGUCAUUCUGAAACAGCUUCUUUGUGUGAUGAAACAAAAAAGGAAUUUAAAAAAGGCACUUCCCCUGUCUCCAUUCAACAACCAAUUGAGCCGCCUUGCCAUGGAUCAGUGACGAGACUCACUGCAAAAAGAGGAUUAUUUGGUGUGAGCUCACAGUCAGUUUAUGGAACGGAUUCCAGUAAAGGAAUAACUCUGUCGCCAGUAUUAACUCAGUGUUUGUCUGACCAUGCUUCUGUCAUCCAAACACCUCCGGUUCAUAAAUAUAUCUACAGAGCCAUUCAGGUGACUGAUGAUAUACAAAGAGAGGAGUCUGCUCCAGAAAUAAAGAAUAAAUUUAACAAUCUUGCCCGCUUACUUGAAUGGAUGAUCAGAUGGUCUGAUAGGCAAUUGCUUUAUGAUCACAUCUCAACAGAACCACUUCAGGAGCACCAGCUAAUGAUGCACAUUAAAACAUCUGCAUCUGCCAUUCUUGCGUCAUUCUGGCUUUUGGAACAACGACAACACAUUCAGUCACAGGACCAAUAUGUUCACUUAUGGAAUCCUAGGAAACAAUGUGCGAGUAUCCAUUCUUCAGGUAUUCCAUCCAAACUGGAGAAAGAAAGUAGUGUGGAUACAGGCUAUUCUCCCUCUGUUGAAACUCCUGUUGUUGUCCAAGACGGAAAUGCUUAUUGUGAACCUUAUGAAAGUGCUUCAAGAACUUUACAUGAAAAGCUAUCUGAGAAGAAAGAAGUUAAUUUCGAGGAUCUUUCUGUAACACAUGGCACACAGUUUGGAGGAAGAGAUUUUGAUGAAGAUCUGAUAGAAGUGGGAGAAUCCAUACCAGAUGAAGUGGAUGUGACAUCUGAAAAUGAAGAGUUCUCUGAAGAACGAUUUGCUGCUUCAAGGAGUCCCACCAUGUCUGUCAGCAUAAAAUCAGUUCAACACAAAAAGCUUUCUUCACCAAGUGAACCAUGCCCACAGGAAGAACCAUUGAUGGAAAGAUUGGAAGAGGAAGGGGGAAUGACCAACCUAAAUGGUACUCCAUGUGAGGCUAUACUCAAUGACAUUCCUUGUUCAUUUGAUCCUGAAAUGAAGGUAGAAACGUCUAGUAUAGAGAUCUCAGUUGCAGAUGAUCAGCAAUCUUUCACAGUUGUGUCGAGUGUUCAUUCUAGCAAGCCUGUUGGAUCAAAGAAAGUCGUUGUCGAUGGAAGAGAUCAGCCAUCUUUCACUGCUGUGUCAGGUGUUCAACCUAGCAAUCUUACUGGUUCAAAGAAAGAAGAGGUUGCCUCAAGAGACCCAGUGCCACAGCCAUUGAAUAUUUCAGAUGCUGUUAGGCAAAUGCUUCAAGAUGAAAUGUUUAAACUGGUUCAGCUCCAGCAAAUCAACUUUAUGAGUCUCAUGCAAGUGGUGGGAUCAUCCUUUGCCAACCUGCCAGAUGUGUCACACCAUUUGCAGCAGUCACAGCCCUCUCACUUGGGAAGGAGCCAAGCUUCAAAUGCUGCAGGAACUUACACUGAUAGGUGUCCCCCAAACCAUUCAGCAGAUGGUCCUUCAAAGAGUCAAAUGCCCGCUCUAGAAAACCCUUCAAAUUCUAAUAGGAAAUGCUCCAGUCCUGAGGAAGAGAGCCUACCUGACCAAAAUGAUAGCGAAAAUAUGCAAAAACUUCCACACAUUGGCGAUGCUUCAGGUUUACCAGAAAGCCAGUCCUUCGGAACAAAGCCGAUCCCACCGUUUCAGGAGUUGCUUCAUCAGGUUUCAGCCAGACCACUACCUCUGUUAUCUGCUUCCCUUAAUGCUAAAACCACACCUAGGCUUAUUCCACUGGCAAAACCCUUAAAUAAUGCUCAUGGAUUUCCUCUGCUGAAACUUAAACAGGGCUCUCAGUUCCGGUCACUUAAUAUCUGCCCAAUAAAACUUCCCAAAGCUUUCGGUGGACCAUUCCUACAACCCCGAGAAGCCUGGGGUCCAUUUCCUGUAGUGGAAAAUUCUCAGGAUUCACAGACACCAGUGCACAAAAAUGAAUCAACAGCAUGCCUGAAUUUGAACUCUAAUCCUGAAGCUGUAAGACCACCACAAGAGCAGGGAGGGGAAUGGCCAAAAGAGAUGAAUGAGGGACCUUCCAGACAUAUCCAUCUGCCUGAAUAUGAAGAAAAAGAAAAUGUGACACUGUCACAACAUCUGCACACACAUUUAAGGGCAGAGAAACCACUGGUGGAUGAUGAAAUUCCCUUGCAUAAAAGAUAUGAACAUUUUGCUCCAAUUCCCCUGCUAUGCCUGAAGCCUUGCUCACAGCCCAAACAUCCUUCACCUGUUAAAUUGACAGCAAAGGAAAUGGAUUCAAGAAACCCCUUCUGGCACAAAGGAAUGCCAUUACUCUACAGCAGUUUACCUCCACUCACUAAGUUUCAAACACCAAAGCUCAUCCCACUUCAAAAUCUUGUAGAAUUUGAGCAAAGCCGUCAGAUUGUUCAAGCCCCCUUUAUUGGACAAAAAGACCAUCCUGAACAGAUCCAGUUACUAAAAGCUAACAUUAAACCAUUUGAAGCAAGAGAAGAUAGGCAAAAUAAAAAAAGGCAGAGGAGGCGUGUCAUGAAACAGAUCAAGGAGAAAGAAGAAGGGAAGAAAGCAACUGUUACUUUUCGACAAGACGAUUCCUUUGUUCUACCUGGCACUGUAGAGAAAACAAAGGAUAACCAAGUAGAAUCCAACUAUGAUCUUAAUGAUGGUGACCACUUGCUGGACCCAGAGGCAGUUGUUUCUUCGGCAGAGCUACAUUACUUGGCUUCUGUAAGGAAGAGGCCUCCAGAUAUUCAAGAUGCUAGCACAAACACAGAUCCAGUUCUUAAAUCACAUCAGGACAUGCAAACUGUCUCAGAAGACGUAGUUUCUGAACCUGUUAAAAAUCAGUCCAUCGUCUCUGUUCCUGCAUCAGACUCAUUGCCUUCAUGUGUUCCCGAAACAUUGCCACCAGAUCUGUACCUAAAGCUCAGAUUCCCCACUGAAGCUGCAGAGAUGCCCUUACCAUCCUCCGUAUCCAAUACUACAUCUGAUUUGAUUGGACGGAAGUAUAUCAAUGUGAUUGAUAUAGAGAACGACGACCUUCUGAAAAACUUGCCAGAGAUACCUGAGUCUGCAGUGAAGCACAUUCCCCAGAAAACUGAGAAGCCCGAAGUCCUCACUUCUGCAAAACUGCAUCAUAUGGCAGCAUCCGUUACCAAUGCAGUUCCACCUGAAGAAUUUGAGAAUAAAGGGCAUACUCUUCAAGCUGAACCAUCUCAAGGGCUGUUGGAGAGUUCAGAGGCAGAAAUUGCUGGUGAUCGUCUCACGCUGCAUCUACUGCAAGAGGAUUUCAGCACUAACCCCUCCACAGGACAGUUAGCCAAACAAAUCAGCAGACAGAAGUUUUCUGCCAAACUACAAGAAAUGGAUAAGCAGCUGGUAGCCCUACAGAAGAUGGCAGAAAGAAUGGAGCAAGAAUUCAGAAAUACCAAAGUGCUGGUUAAAGCACCAUUAAAUGAAAAUGCAAUCAUGAUGGCUGAUCCAGGAGAGUACGAAGUUUCCUUGUAUGCACCAGGUGUUAAAGUCUCCAAAGAAGAACGUUAUUCAACCCGUGUGAUUGUGGAGGAUUCCCCAGAGGAGGAAGAUGAUAUGAAACCUGAAUCUUCUCAAAACAAGGGUACUAUCUUGCAAUCUCCCUCUGUUUCUCGAUCAGCAUCAGCAGGUGAUCUUCCCAGUGUCAAGAAGUCAUUGUCAGAUAUUUGUUCUAGGCUUGAAGAAGUGAAUGAAAGUUUUUCAGAAGAUCCCUUGCAGAUUACUGGCUUGAGUGGUGUUUCUGACAUCAUAAGUGAUCUCCUAACAGAAGGAGGUGUUUCAGCUGCAGAACUGGGCCUCACAAAAACACAGGCUAAAAAAAUUUCCAGACGGUCUAGUGUCAUGAGUGGACAUUCACAUCGAACAGAAGAGGAGAAAAAAGAAUUACAAACCUGGAUGAAAAGGAAGCGAAAGAAAAGACUUGAUGAGUAUCUACAAAAACUGGCUGAACAAAGAGAAAAAGAACAUAAUCCCUUUCAGUUGAGAAAUAACUUGCGACUUGGAUAUACAUCACGGGAAAUUAAAUUGCAGCAGAAAAAGAAAGAUGAAAAAGACAAAGUCCUGUUCUCUGAACAUCAUAAUCACAGAAUCUCCCGAGCUCUCACCCUGAUGCAGGAGCUGUUAUCAGACACAGUGCAACUCCCUUCAAGCGAACUUGGAUCCUUGUCUAAAACAAGACUACCUCAGGAUUUCAAGAGGCCGCGUGUCUCUUCUGCUGGAAGAAGUUACCAAAGUGCAAGGAACAGCACUGUUUCCAAAGUUGGUUUGGGUCAAACAAGAUCCUUUUCCAGUCUACCUUCUGACACAACUUGGAGAAAAGCUUCUGUUCAGAGACAGCUCCAAUCUACCAACAGAGCAACUCAAGCUAACGAGGAGAGUGAAGAGGAAAUGAGUGGCUGGAGCAUCCCCGAUGAGAUCCAGCAGAUAUUGUACGGUACUUCCAAUUCCCAUUUAGAGGAGCUUCUGCCUCCAGAAGAGAGUUUCUCCGUUGCUAGCAUUAACAACUUGGACAGUGUAUCUGAAAGUACCAGCAGCAUCCUCAGCAAGCUUGACUGGAAUGCAGUGGAGGCCAUGGUAGCAAAUCUGGAAGAAAAGUGAAGCCAUUUUAAGGACAUUAGGAUGUGUACUAUUUGGGAAGAUAUCUUGUUAAAUGUUAGAAGAAAUGUACGACUGCAUUCAUAUUGAGGAUCCUACAGAACAAAUUGUGCACAAAACAAACAAUUACAGCAAAAUCCUAAGGAGCAGACACCUAAUCAAAAGGUUGGGACCGUAUAUGAAAUUGGGUUGUGGAAUUAUGCAGGAUGAUGCAAUACCAAGUAGGUCUCUUGGAAAAUACAGAUGUAAAAUAAAUCCAGCAGACAAGACUGGGUAUUACUGUCAUUUCUGAAAGCAGUUAAGACAAUUAUGUAUGAAUUUCAGGAUUACAAGUGUUGCUUAUGAUUCUGAAUUAUGUUUUAUAAUUUUUAAGUAGUAAAUUACUUUUAAUAAAGUGCU